AUGGAAUGUCUAUUUUGUAAAAUUGUUAAAAAAGAAACGGCAGCCCAUAUUAUUGCCGAAAAUGAAGGAAUUUUAGCCAUUUUGGAUGCUUAUCCUGCCAGCGAUGGUCAUGUGCUGUUAAUUACCAAAAAACAUUUUCCGAAUAUUGCUGAAAUUGAUGAGGAAAAACCUCGUGAUAGUGGUAAUUAUUUAGAGUAUUUAGGUUGCUAUGACCCUCGUAGUAAAGAAAUAAAAUUAGACAAAGAUAACAUUAAAAAAUGGUUAUCACAAGGGGCCCAACCUACGGAUACAGUUAAAAGUUUAUUCAAAAAACAUCUUUAA